AUGCUUAUCGACGGUAAAAAGUGGGCUUGCGAAGCUUGCAUACGGGGCCACCGUGUGACUAGCUGCAAACAUCAUGACCGGCCGUUGAUUCGCAUCAAGCGCAAAGGUCGUCCUUUCGCAACAUGCACAAUGUGCAACGCAACACCGUGCACAGCUCCGAGCGAGCACGCGCGCGCCAAACGUGACGCAGAGCUCAAAUGUCCAAAAAAAGCCUCCAACGCAAGACAUUACCCGCGGAAUCAUAGCACGAACGGUUUCCUUCCUAUAGCGCCUCGUCCUGGCCCCGGUCCUGGGUCGGCCGCAGUGUCGAGGUCCAGUUCCGUGAACGAGAAGACUUCGACCACAGCCGUGACCAAGUUGAAAUCUAGGUCGGGAUCCAGACAGGACUUUGCUGAGACGCUGCCUUCGCGCUCUGCUUCUUCAGCCUCGGCGAAGACCCCCGCGUACCAUGAUGCCGUUGGAGCAGGAGAUUGGUCUGGCUCGGAAGGGUCGUUCUCGGGAUGCGAAUCGUCAGGUCGGACUGUGUCGUUCUCCGCGUCGAGGAUUCCCGGAUCAGAGUCAAGCCUGAACCUGCACGCUGUGCAGGAUUCUCCCCUUCCGAAAUCCGCGCCCGGUUCGUUGUGCGACUAUCCCAUUUUCACGGGAGCCGAGGCCACCAAUGCUGCGAAUGUUUUAUUCGAUUCGGCAUACACUCUUUUGCCCUCGACCUCAGCUGUGUCGUCUGAACAGACACAGACAUUGCCAAUGGUCAGUCCUCUGGAAAAUGUAAACCCCUUUGAAUUCCCACUGGACCCGACGCUGGCGUUAGGUUUUGGUGAGCUCGGCGAGUUGGAGGAUAUGAACAUGGAUCUGGGGAUGCCCAUCGUGGAGGGGGCGUUUCACGUGGAGGACUGGUCGAGAUACAUGUGGUCGGCUGAAACAGGAUUUGAGCAUUUGGAUACUGGAUUCCCUGUGUCUCAAUAA